AUGUCGUGCUUGCCAUGCUUGCCAAGCUUUGCACCUGUUCCACCUGACACGGCGCUGUCGCGGUAUGCACGGACACUAGAGGCGACACCCGCCUCGGAGGCUGGCCGGAUCUAUUUUCCGAUGUACACCGUUCCGUUGGGUGCGGUGUUGCAGAUGGAGAAGAUCAAGCCGCACGAGGAGCUGUUGCAAGAAGGCGCCCUCACGGUGGUCGACGAGAGAACGGGGCGCACGGCCUUCGUUUCGCACCAGUGGGUGGGCCAGCAUCACCCAGAUCCGCAGCACAAGCAGUUCGGGGUUCUCCAGGAUGCCCUACGAAACAUCUUGUCGGGGGUCACGCAAGUGAGUCUAGAUGUGGUGACAGAGAUCAUCUUCGGCAAGUCACCAGCAAAUCUGGCUGCCCAGUCCAUGGACCACACAUUGGAGCCGUGGGAUUUCUACCUUUGGUACGACUAUUUCUCCUGCCCCCAGAAGAGCUACGACGUCAACGGCGGGCUUGCACGAGCCAUCCGCAGCAUACCCGCGUACGUCGCCCAGUGUCAGGUCAUGCUUGCGCUCUGCCCGGUCAUUGAGAGCUGUGACCAGAAGGAGAUCCUCAGUCCAUCGAGUUGGUCUGGUCGUGGCUGGUGCAGGCUCGAAAGGCUGGCGAAAGAGUGUUCUGGAGACGGCUCCUUCCUCAUGGUCAAGAGCGCCACACAUGUGGAGCUUGUCGUAACAUCCUUCGCGUCUUCCUGCGAAGGCUCUCCUGGCAAAGGCUGCUUUACGGUGGAGAAGGAUCGUUCGAGAAUCGCGCCGGUGGUGAAGCAGAUGCUCAAGCAGAAGCUGGUCCAGUGCCUCCGGGAAGGAGAUUUGCCCAGCUAUCGUGUCGUGCUCAACGUGCAGGCAAUACUUUGCAGAGGCCUUCCCAUCGAUCCCAUCGCAGAUAUGGUCCCAGGCUUCGAUCCCUCCCAGCAUGAGUCUGAUGAGGGCUCACUUCGCGUUGCGCAGUUCUUGUUCCAGAACGGCUUUGCCCAGGUCUCUGAGUACGACGCCAUGGGGUGGUCGCCGAUGUGCUACGCAGCCCUUAACGGGGAUCCAGCAUUGGUGAAGGCCUUGUUGGAAAGGCGCGCUAACCCCAGCGAUGAAACCAAGAGAGGCCAGCCACUGCUGGCCAUAGCUAGGAAGGUGAGCGCACUCGCCAUUGCUGCUCUGUUCCAGAACAAUGAUGCUGUCAGGCUGCUUUUGGUGGCCCGGGCCGACAUCCAUCCCAGAAGAUCCAGUGUUCCUUUGUGUCUGGCUUCUUUCGGAAAUAAUGCAGUUGGCAUACAGCUGCUCUGUCAUGCUCGCGCAAGUCCGCACGGCAAGAAUCGCCUGGGUAUGUCGGCCCUGCAACAUGCGUGCGCGACGGGUGGCCGGGAUGCUGUGGAUAUGCUCCUGACACUGGGGGAAGGUCGCCUAGACCUGACGGGUUCGCUACAUGCGGCCACGCUGCUUCAAGGAGGUACACAUGCCAUGGUUGCCAAGUUGAUUCAAGCACGGGCAGAUGUGAACGAGCAGCUGAGCCUCCAGCCGUUCACGAUGCUGGGUCUGUUCUGUAACCUGAAGGGCUUGGAGUUCAGAUUGAGAAACCCGACGAGGCUGCGCACCUUCGGCUAUCACCAUCACAGGGCAACGCCCCUGAUGGUCGCCAUGCUCGUCGGAAACUUUGAGGCUGCUGCUGCUCUUAUUUCUUUCGGUGCGAGCCUAGACACGCCGAAUUCCCGAGGGAUUAUGGCCGCGGAUCUAGUUCGCGCCGGGUCUACGCCCCAACUCCUGAAAGACGCAGCGUCGGGCCAACUGCCACUCUCUGCCAUUGCAGAGGAGUGUGACACCUUUGAGAUAUAG